AUGAAAGAAGAAGAAAUGGCAGUCUUCGGGGAAACUCAAGUGAUUCUAGAAGAAAUGAUUGACCUCGAGGAGACCGUUGAGCAGGUGGCCAUGUCUGAAGAGGAGCUGGCUGUUACCGUGAUCCCGUCAGGAAAUUCAGUGGCCCUCUCAGAGGUUUCUGCGCAAGAAACAGACCGAAGCAUUUAUGGAUCGCAGCGUCAGGCCUCUGAUACCGUGAUCGCCGCCGAGCAUCGUCCUCGGUCAACUGAUGCGACGGCGGCAACAGUCCACGAAGUUGAAGAGGCUGAAGUUUCAGCAUGCCCCUUUGCCUGUCCAUUGGAAUACUCAGAAAGAAAUCCUUCUUCCUCUGAAAUAGCCGCACCGAGAAGGAGAAGCAUUGAGAACAUCUCCAUCACAUCCACAGGUGUGCGUAGACCGCCAUUACCAUUGCGGUACCUCACCGUAACAGGCAACAACGUAGCAAAAGCGCAGGCUAAAUGGGCUGCCACCCUCAGGUGGCGCGCUGCGUAUGGGGCAGACACAAUCCUAGAAGCACCUCACACAAACUACGGCCUCAUCAAGAAGCAGUUUCCACAAUUUGUGGCAGGCAGGAGCCGGAGUGGAAAUCCCGUGUACUACGAAAUGAGCACAAGGAUUGACGCCAGGGCUCUUACGUCCCAGGGCGUGGACGUGGACGAAAUGAUUCGGCAUUAUGUCUGGACUAACGAGUACAUAUACUCGCGGUGGGUUCCCGAUCCCGAAGGACAGAUCAUUUCCGUCGUGGACUUGUCGGGGUUAUCUAUUGGUGGUAUGUCCACCCUUUCGCUUGAGUUCGUAUCGAAGGCUUUGACAUUGAUAGGGGCCCACUACCCCGCCCGCGCCCAGGCCAUCCUCAUCGUCAAUGCCCCGAUCUUCUUUUCGUAUAUCUGGAAUCUCGUAAAGGGAGCCGCCGACGAAUACACCAGCAAAUCCUUGAAAGUUUAUAGCCGUGAUGAAUCCUUUGCGGCAUUGUGCGAGUAUAUUGAGCCAGCUCAAAUCCCAGUCGAAUAUGGAGGCACUUUAAAGUAUGGUGCAUCCAGAGGCAUGAAUGAGGAGCGCAAGCACGAGAGGCAACACAGCGUGCGGUGGACAAGCCCAUUUGAAAAGGAAAUGGAAGCACAUGCCAACCGCAUCAUUGAAUCAACGAAAUGUGGCAUCAUGGGCUCAAAUGAUGACGAGAAGAAAAUUGAAAGGAGAAGCGUAGCCGGUGGGACGUAA